AUGGGGGAAAUCGGGUGUAAUUGCUUUGUAAAGGAAGAUAUGUGGACAUCAUCUGAUGUCCUGUGGAGACCUAAACUUGAAUUUUUUAUCCCAGCACAUUCCCCUGGUAAAAGAAAUAUAAAAUUUGUAGUGAAGGAUUCAUGGAUUAGAUCUCAUAUUAAAAGAAGACCUGCAGCUAAAAUAUUCCAGUCUUGGAUGGGGAAGAAUUCCCUGCAGCUUUUCAUUUCCACUCCAUACAGUGGUUUGACAGAUGAAGAAAACACAAUGAAAUGUUACAAACGUGAUUCUUCAGUCUCAAAGAUUUUCUCGAGUGAUUCUGUCAGAAAGAGAUCAGAUUCUUGUGAAACUUUUUCAAUAAGAGAUCAAGUUAUUGAGGAGCCUUGGCUAUUUCAGUCGUCCCCAGUCUCUUGUCAUGUUGCAGGGUUAAAAGACAAAGAGAUUUUGAAUUGCUCUAAUGGUGAUGUCCUAAAAUCAAAUUUCUCAAAUGAAUUCAGAGACGAGGAUUUCUGCUCCAAGUCUGAUUUUCAAGUGAAUGGAAUUAAGAAGAAUUAUGAUGCUCAUGAUGCUUUAGUUGAGACGUAUCAUCCUGUUGAGGAGCCUUGGAUAUGGGAAUCAUCAGCCCAUAUUGCCGGCUCUAAUACUAAGAUGGUUUCUGAUAUUGCCAAGAAUGUCGAAGAUGAGGCCGCUCAGCCACCCCUUCAUGAUCAACAUCAACAUUUACCUGAGAAGCUGCUUGAGGAAGAAAGUAAUGUUACAUCAGAAGACUCUAUUUCCACAGUUAUAUUAAUCAAUUCUUCCAUAUGUACCAUGCAAAGGAUUGCUAUUCUGGAAAAUAGUAAAUUGGUUGAGUUAUUGUUAGAGCCUGUGAAAAACAAUGUGCAGUGUGAUAGUGUAUACCUAGGAGUAGUAACAAAGUUAGCCCCCCACAUGGGUGGUGCAUUUGUAGAUAUUGGCAGCUCAAGGCCGUCUUUCAUGGAUAUAAACCCCAAUCGGGAACCAUUCACAUUACCCCCAUUUCUGAGUCAUAUGAAUGAAAGAGAACCAAAUGACUUUAUUUUUGGUAAGCUUGAAGAGAAUGUAGGUAAUACUGAAUAUGAAACCAUUAUAGAUCAAAUUGAAGAAACAAAUGAGAUGGAGGACGGGCAAAGUGAGGAUGAAUUCAUUGAUGAUGAGUUUGGAGGUCAUGACGAUGGUGUUGACUUUGACGUAUUGGGAGUUAUUAAGGAACAAGUAAAUGGUAAUGUUUCCAGGCAUGCACCUGCGACCGAGCCUCUGAGAUCCUCAGAAAAGUCAAGUGAAGCUGGGCACCAGGCACUGAAUAGAAGUGGUCACCAUGAUAUCAGCCACAAGGUUAUAGGCACCGAAGAAAGCAAGUGGGCACGAGUUAAAAAAGGCACUAAAAUAAUUGUACAAGUUGUUAAAGAAGGAUUGGGUACGAAAGGCCCUACACUGACUGCUUAUCCUAAGCUUAGAAGCCGAUUCUGGCUUUUGAUCCCUCAUUGCAAUACAAUAGGAAUUUCAAAGAAAAUCUCUGGUGUUGAGCGCACACGUUUAAGACUUAUAGCAAAAACUUUGCAGCCUCCUGGAUUUGGUCUUACUGUUAGGACAGUUGCUUCUGGGCAUUCAUUAGAGGAGUUGCAGAAGAAUUUGGAACACUUGCUGUCAACAUGGAAAAAUAUUGUAGAACAUGCAAAAUCUGCAACUCUUGCUGCAGAUGAAGGGGUAGAUGGAGCUGUUCCUGUUAUGUUACAUAGAGCAAUGGGUCAAACACUCUCUGUCGUCCAAGAUUACUUUAAUGAGAAGGUAAAUAACAUGGUAGUGGAUUCUCCGAGGACAUAUCAUGAGGUCACCAACUAUCUGCAGGAAAUAGCUCCUGAUCUUUGUGACAGAGUUGAGUUAUACAGCAAAAGAACUCCCCUUUUCAAUGAAUACGGUCUUGAGGAAGAAAUAAACAGCAUCCUCAGUAAAAGGGUUCUGCUAGACAAUGGAGGUUAUCUUGUGAUUGAACAAACUGAGGCACUAGUCUCUAUCGAUGUGAAUGGUGGACAUUGCAUGCUCGGCCAAGGAACUUCCCAAGAGAAAGCUAUUCUUGAUGUCAACCUUGCAGCUGCCAAUCAAAUUGCUAGAGAAUUGAGGCUGAGAGACAUUGGUGGCAUUAUCGUGGUAGAUUUUAUUGAUAUGUUGGAUGAUAAAAAUAAGAGACUGGUUUAUGAUGAAGUUAAAAAGGCUGUUGAGAGGGACCGAUCAACUGUGAAAGUCUCUGAAUUGUCUAGGCACGGGCUUAUGGAAAUAACAAGAAAGAGGGUUCGACCUAGUGUAACGUUUAUGAUCAGUGAACCAUGCACGUGCUGUCAUGCUACCGGGAGAGUGGAAGCUUUAGAGACCUCAUUUUCCAAGAUUGAACAUGAAAUCUGUCGGCUGCUGUCAAUGACUGACCAGAAAGCAGAUCCUGAAAACCCCAAGUCCUGGCCACGAUUUAUAUUAAGGGUUGAUCGCCAUAUGUGUAACUAUUUAACCUCGGGAAAGAGGACAAGACUAGCAGUUUUGAGUAGUUCUCUCAAAGUCUGGAUUCUUCUAAAGGUUGCAAGAGGUUUUACAAGAGGUAGCUUUGAGCUGAAACCGUUGACAGACGACAACGUACAGAAGAACCAAUGUCGGACUGCUGCUAUAUCCAUGUUACGACCAACAGAGGUUGUAACUUACACUCCCAACAAAAAAGUAACUCUCUUUCCUAUCAAAAAGUGGAAGACUAGCGGAAAAUAA